UUAUUUCCCCUCCUCUCCAUCCUCUCACGCCGAACCAGAACCAUUCUUCUCUCCCCUCCUUCAGGCUUCACAUCCGGGUCAUCCGCCAGUAUCUGUCUCCUGCGUCGGUCUGUGUGUCUGACAGAGUAAUAAUUAUUUCAUCCGCCGCCGUGCUGUACCGCAGCCCACUGCCCGACUGCGCGGCUCGCCGAGCGGACACUGCGCGUGGUGUGCACCGGUGAUGUUGGAGCCACGGGCGCUGUGAAAGCUGCAGCCGGUCGCACAAAGGCAGGGAUGAGACGGUAGGAGGCUUUUCUAUGGGCCAGCCCGUGGUGAUUAACUCGCCCUAACGAUGUCUAAGAGCCUCAAGAAGAAAAACCACUGGACCAACAAAGUCCACGAAGCGGUGAUAACCCGAGGGAAGGAAGGGGAGCUGGGGUUCGAGCUGAAGGGGGGCGCGGAGAACGGCCAGUUCCCCUACUUCGGCGAGGUGAAGCAGGGGAAGGGACUGAUCCAGAGCGGCAAACUGGCCCAGGAUGAGCUGCUGCUUGAGGUCAACAACAUGCCAGUGGCCGGGCUCACCACCCGGGACGUGCUGGCCGUGAUUAAACACUGCAAAGACCCGGUCCGCCUCAAAUGUGUCAAGCAAGGGGGGGUGGUUGACAAGGAUUUGCGGCACUACCUCAACCUACGCUUCUCCAAAGGAUCAGUGGACCACGACCACCAGCAGAUCAUCAGAGACAACCUCUACCUCCGCACCGUUCCAUGUACCACCAGGCAGCCUAAGGAGGGGGAGGUGCCGGGGGUGGACUACAACUUUGUGAGUGUGGAGCGUUUUAUGGAACUGGAGCAAAGUGGAGCCCUGCUAGAGAGUGGAACCUAUGAAGAUAACUUCUACGGUACACCGAAACCUCCAGCGGAGCCGUCCCCCGCAGCACCUCCUCUGAAUGUAAGUGAGGCCCUGCUGCCCGGAGCCCGGCCAAGCGCCCAGGGCAAGAGGAAGAGGAACCAGUCGGUCAGCAACAUGGAGCAGCGUGCCAGUCUGGAGCCACCUGAGGAGGAGGAAGAGGAGAGCCCGGUUGUCAAUGGCAACGGGGUGGUCAUCACACCAGAGUCCAGUGAACAUGAGGACAAGAGCACAGAUGCCUCUGGGGAGGUUGCUGUGGAAGCCUCCAUCCAGGCCCCAGCCUCCUCUGCUGAGGCCCCCACCGAAGGAGAGGAGGCCCCAAAAUCUCCCUCUGAAUCCCCCGCCAAAGUUCCAGAUGUGGAUGAGGAAGAGUUGGGUCCUUUACCUGACAACUGGGAGAUGGCCUACACCGAGAAGGGGGAGGUCUACUUCAUCGAUCACAACACCAAAACUACAUCAUGGCUCGAUCCUCGGCUCGCAAAGAAAGCGAAGCCACCAGAAGAGUGCAGGGAAGACGAGCUGCCUUAUGGCUGGGAGAAGAUAGAUGACCCCAUCUACGGCAGCUACUAUGUAGAAUUGAGGCAGCAUAGACUCCAUAACAGUCACAUCAAUCGAAGGACUCAGUUUGAGAACCCGGUCCUGGAAGCCAAGAGACGCCUGGAGCAGCAGAGGCAGAUGCAGAGCCAGGGACUCUCCGCUCUACCACUGCCCACUAUAUACAGAGAGAAGCCAUUGUUUACGAGGGACCCAACUCAGCUGAAGGGCACCUUCCUGUCGACAGCUCUGCAGAAGAGCAACAUGGGAUUCGGCUUCACGAUUAUAGGAGGCGACGAGCCCGAUGAGUUCCUGCAAGUGAAGAGUGUAAUACCAGACGGACCCGCCGCUCAGGACGGAAAGAUGGACACAGGUGAUGUCAUUGUCUACAUUAAUGACAUCUGUGUACUCGGUACCACACAUGCCGACGUGGUCAAGCUUUUCCAGUCCGUGCCGAUUGGUCAGAGUGUCACCCUCGUGCUCUGUCGAGGAUAUCCUUUGCCCUUUGACCCAGAGGACCCAAGUGGUGCAGCAAGCACCUCCUUGACACCCAUUGGCCUGGAGCACCGCCCCUUAGUGGUGAACGGGCGCAGCAGCUACGACCCUUACUUAGAGUAUCUGUCGUUGAGCUCCCAGCUGCCUGCUCAGGCUCUGGCCCAGGGCGGAGCCUCUCACCCCGGGGACACACAUCUGGACGGCUCGUCCCUUCCACCCACCACACCUGGUUCAGGAUCGGCACUCACUCCUCACGACGACAAUGUGUCCAUGGCCUCCUCUGGGACUGCAGCGGUUGCCGGGGCAACAGCACAAGGGGCAGAGCUCCUGACAGUUACUAUGGUGAAAGGUGCCGAGGGAUUUGGGUUCACCAUCGCAGACAGUCCCACUGGUCAGCGAGUAAAACAGGUGCUGGACCCGGGCACACAAGGAGCAUCGGGGCUGAUAGAGGGAGACCUGAUCCUGGAGGUGAACCAGCAGCCGGUGGCUGCAGCCGGACACGGUCGAGUGGUGGAGAUGCUCAAAGAGUGUCCCGUGGGAGCCGAGGCGACACUCCUCAUACAGAGAGCGGGAACAGGCCACAUCUCUCCAUGGAAGGCAUCCAAACAGUUGCCUGACCAGUGGGACCCACAUGGCAGCCCCCAAGCAAACCUAUCUGGCCCGGUUUUGCCACCUGGCACUCCCUUCCCAAACCAGCCACAACACCGCACAUCUGUGCCUGACUCCACUGAAGGCUUCGAUCUUAACAAACCUGAUCCCUAUGACCUUUAUGAGAAGUCAAGGGCUAUCUACGAGAGCCGACGUCCAGAGUAUGAAGAGGUGGAGGUACACCUGCUGAGAGAGAAGACCGGGUUUGGCUUCCGCAUCCUGGGGGGAGACGAGGCCGUGCAGGCUGUGAGUCCGGACGCCCGUGACAAGAUUGUUAUUGGCGCUAUAAUAGAGAACACUCCUGCUGAGCGUGAUGGGCGUCUGCGACCCGGGGAUGAGCUCAUUUCUGUGGAUAAAAAUGUGGUUGCUGGGAAACCGCACAAAUACGUAAUAGACUUGAUGCACGCAGCUGCUCGCAAUGGUCAAGUCAGCUUGACUGUGAGGAGGAGAGUGCUAACGCCUGGUGAACCGUGUCCUGUGAAUGGCCGCAGUCCCGGCUCGGUGUCGACACAACACAGCUCUCCACGUAGCGAUGCUGCCUCAGCUUCAGGCCCUCCGGCUGUCUCCGUCCCUACUGCCACCUCUCCUCCAGAGGGAUCCGCCCUGCAGACCAGUGAUGUGGUUAUUCAUCGCAAGGAGAACGAGGGCUUCGGCUUUGUCAUCAUCAGCUCCUUGAACAGACCGGAGAACGCCACCGUCAUCACUGUGCCCCAUAAAAUAGGACGCAUUAUCGAGGGCAGCCCUGCGGACCGAUGCGGGAAGCUGAAGGUGGGCGACCGCAUCCUGGCUGUGAAUGGACAGUCCAUCAUCAGCAUGCCGCACGCAGAUAUAGUCAAGCUCAUCAAAGAUGCCGGGCUAACAGUCACACUGCACAUCAUACCGGAGGAGGGUUCCCAUUCUGGCCCCAGCUCAGAGAAGCAGAGCCCCAUGACCCAGAAACACAGCCCCCAGACCCAGCCCAGCCCUGUAGCCCAGCCAGGCCAAGGAGGUACCCAGCCUGGCCAAACAACCACUCAGACAGGUCAAGCACCUGCCCAGCCCCUCCAGACACCAGCUCAGACAUGCCAAACAGUGACUGGCCCUCCUGCACCAGCACCAUCUCAGCCUGCACCGGCUGGAACCCAGCAGAGCCCGGUCACCCAGCCCUCUGGCCUCCCUCCACAGCUCUACCUCCACGACGGCAGGUCAGAGGUUAAAGCCAGACAGGACGUCAAACCUGAUUUCCGCCAUCCUCCAUUCACUGAUUACAGGCAACCUCCAGUAGACUACCGCCACCCACCGGUUACUGAUUACCGACAGCCUCCGACACUGGACUACAGACACCCACCUGGUUUGCUGGACUUCAGACAGCACCCAGCAGCUGCACAGUUCCCUCUGGGUAUCCCUGCUGACUUUAGACCACAGGACUUUGAUUACUUCACGGUGGAGCUGGAGAAAAGCGCAAAGGGUUUUGGCUUCAGUAUCCGCGGGGGCAGAGAAUACAAAAUGGACCUGUUUGUGUUGCGCCUUGCUGAGGAUGGCCCAGCGAUACGUAAUGGAAGAAUGAGGGUAGGGGAUCAAAUCAUAGAGAUUAACGGGGACAGCACUCGGGACAUGACUCACGCCCGCGCCAUCGAACUCAUCAAGGCAGGAGGCAGGCGGGUCAGGCUGCUGCUAAAGCGAGGCACAGGACAGGUGCCAGAAUAUGACUGUGUCGGCCCCUGGGAUUCCCUUUCUACAACCCACUCUGCCCUGCAGGAAGUGACCCUCGAGCCCCACCCGAAUCCAUUGCUCUCAUCCCAUCCAGCCUCAGCCCCACACUCCCCUCAUCAGCUCCCUCUAGAGGCCACAGUGUGCAUGGCAGAUAAAGCUCCACCGCUGACAGACCACAGCUCCAUUAGAGGGGCUACAGGUGGCAGGUCCACCCAGCAGAAGUGCAUCACCAGGGGGCAGGGAACCCCUCAAGGAUCUGCAGAGGUGGACUGUGGACCAGGCGACAGACAGCCUCGGGCUUUGCCUCCUAAAGCUGUCCUGGGGAGGUCUGUUGAAAGGAGAGAGAGGCAGAAGGAGACUUGCUCCCCCUGCUGUGAGAGAAAGGGCCUGCACACACAGGCGAUCAGCACUGUCUGGCCCUGGGACCCGUAUGUGAGUGUGAAUUUGAAUGGAGCCUCUCUAGGCAGUGGAGACGGACAUGUCAGCCUCCAGGAGAGGCUGGUGUCCAGAGGUCUGUUCCCCAGAGAAGAGGAGAGGGCCAGUGGCCACAGUGGGCUCUGCUGCCCCUCUAAAAGCAUGGAAGAUCCUCCUGCGAGGAGCGCAGCAGCUUCCCCUGGGCCGUGGAACGUCCCUGGGUCUGACAAACUGCCUGGCACCCUGAGGUCCUGGACCUCCACAGUAAGCAGGUAGAAUGGAUCUCGCUGGUUUGAACCGGAUCCCACUGUCUGGCUCCUCAUUCAGUGCACCAUCAGAUGUCUGAGAAAAAACAGUGAAUCUCCCUCGCCCUCUCUUUCUGUCCUGUUUUUUUUCUCCGUCUCCUUCUAAGGUCAUAUUUUCUGUUUCAUUUGUUCUUACGAGAUAAUUAUUACACCCACCACCUUAAAAAACAACAACAUUGUAACAUACAGUACAAAACUGAUGGAGACUGCUCAGUAUGUAGGCAUUUCGGACCCUCAGAUACGACAGUUCAUGUUCUGAUCACAGAUGGAGUGACGAUGUCUGAUCCUGAGUGGAGCUUUGUGUUUUCAAUGUGUACCUUUAACUACUGGCUCAGAUUGAUUUGUGCAACGUAACCUCAGAUGGGAGAGAGACAUAUGCACAUACAAGAGAUUUACUUUUGCUCCAUUUUCUCUGUGUUGUGGGAAGAGUGGGACUACAAAUCUGUCGGAGGGAGGCAGAGACACUGAAACUCCUGGAGGACAUGGCACUGACCCAAGUGACAGCCUGGUUAACCUGACAUACGUUCAAUCUCACAUGCCUACCGAUAUAUCAUAUACUGUAAAUGUAAAGAUGUGAAAAAUAUGUACAUUUGGUAAUCUCAAAAACAUGCCUGUUGGUGUUUUUUUUGAGGCAGUGUUGUAGUUAGAUACAUUGUAAAGAAAAGAAAAAACAAACAAACAUCAGAACAGUAUUUUAGGAUCAAUAUUUCCAUGGCCUCGUCUAUAACUACAUAUCAAAGACUGUGCAAGUCACCAAACGCAGACUGCUGUGGGAGGCAGCGGUCAUGUGCAUGGAUAUAAACCACCAUGUCAUUAUACAGGGACUCACAUGUCUUUUAGAGGUAGAAUAUAGAGAGGAUAUCAUCUGUGGAGCUGACCGGUCGGUACUCAUGUGAGACAAAAAGAGACUUUUUUUCCUUUUGAGUGACUGAAAACAGUUGGCUUAGUAACAACUCAUAAUACUGUUCUGAGUUACGUACAACAACUUGAUCACAGCUCAACCAUGCAGUCAUUGUGCAGAAUUAUAAGCUGUGUUGUGUUCAUUUAACGCUCAACGGAAGAACUUUGUCCAGUCUAUAUUUCCCAUUUCUAUGCCUUUUACUGUGCUAAGUGUACCACAUCACUGUGGGAGAGGGGCGUCGGUGUGGGGAAGGGGAGGCCCGAUGGUUAUGAGGUGGGGCGGAGUGCCUUACUCAAACUAAUGCAGAGCUGUCGUCGUGAUUUGUUUUGGGAACUGAAUACAAAACAGAUGUUAGUGACCACGCACACAUAUCAGCAAACUGUUGAGUUGUGGAGCCUGUUUUCUUCAGACUAAACUCCGAGCAGUAUAUACAGAUAUCUCGAUGCACUCUCAACUGUAUAGCUCAUCAAUGUCAAGGAUUUGCCCCCUUGAGUGCUUCAAAAGGGGCAUCAGAUGUAGCCUGUAGCAUUACAUCAUCUUCUUAGAGAGUCAUCUGGGUGAGUCGAGUGACGAGUGUUUAUCCAGACUGGGUCAUAAUCAAAGUGGAGUCUCAUUCCAGCUUUAUUUGUCUGUUCUCUAAAGGAAACAUGUUGAGUUUGCAUUGUUGCAGGCAGUAUCGGCGCUCGCUGAAUCUGAACCAACCAAGACUCGAUCCGUGAAACACAAAUCAGGAUCAGAAAAGUUUUGAUACCGGCAGAGUCGAGGCAUGCUGCUAUUAAACCGAGACACCCGAGAUGAAGUCACUAUCCUCCCGCAUAUCAUCCAUUUCUCUCAUCAAGAUGUUUGCUCUCAUUAAAAAUAAAUUACCAGAGCUUCUGGGUACUGGAGGACCAGUUAAAAAAAAUAAUAAUCACAGUGCAUUGUGACAAUUUGACUGAAUGCAGCACGAUGGCACAUCCAAGCUUGUGAACUGGUACUGAAAAAUGCUUUUGCACCUGCAGACUGGAGCACUGGUUUGUGCAUAAAGCAUCAUCAACUCGGACAGUAAAACGUGGAUGUUUCUGAGCUGACAAUGAGAAUGCAGCUGUGGCUCAUGUGAUUAACAUGUUAGCGAGGAGCAUGUGCCGUCCGGCUGUAGAAAUGUGUUUACUGUAUGUACAAAUGUUCAGAAAAGGUGAAAGAAUUUGUCAUCCAGCCCUCUGUCUCCGUCCAGGCCGUCCCCCUGCCUGCUGUGAGUGAUUUUGUAUACAGAAACAAAAAAAAAACUGCUUUAUUGGAACCUGAGAAGGAUGGCACGUUCAUAAAUCCCCAUUGAGAUCAAGUAUAACUGUGUAGUGUUAAUUGUGUACUAUUCACCUUGUACAGCUGUAUUCCUACAAAUAUGGUUUACUGUAUCAUUGAUACUGUAGUUUCAAAGACGUGAACAACUAUUUUUAUGAAAUGCGACAGUACUGAUAUAUUACAUUUUGCUAAAAAACAAAAAACUUGUUUACUGAAAGAUAUUCUGAAAUACUGUCAAAUAAACUCUUGACAUGGUGUAAAA